AUGACAUCUUUCUCCAACGAAGAAGCCUUUGCCGAGCUGAAAUGUACAUGGAAGGCGAUCAAGGAAAUAAUCGAAUCCGACUCAUCGCGCAAAGGUGUCAACUUGACCAACUACGUCCGGUCGGAUGAUUCGCAGGACUGGCGAGCAGGCGCUGUUGGCAGGUACUUCCCGGAAACCGAUAUGACCGCCGACUACCAAGCUGUUAUCGACAGAGUUGCAAACGGCACAUACGCAUCCAGCGGACCAAAGGUACUUAAGGUACUUGCUCAUGAACUCACCAACUUUACCAUGUCUGAUUUCAUGUCUUCAGUACAAUAA